AUGGCCGUGAAGAAGCCCACCUUGUUUGCGGCUCCAUUAGCCAAUAACGGCAGCAAAUGGUCGAUCGGCACCGAAACCAACGUAAUGAAGGGCCUGUCACAGUUUCACGACCCGCUAAUUAAUUGGUCGGUUGAGAGCUACAGCAUAGACAGCCUGGGGGAAAGCAUUGCCCUUGUCGUGCGCAACCCCUCGGAGGACAUGGCGGUGACCCCCAGAGUGGACAUAUACCUUGUCUCAGCAGAUAAUUCAGUCAAGCCUAAACUGCUCACAGGAAGUUUCAAUGCCAUUUCUGAUAGCCCGGUGUUCAUUAAGGAUGGCAAAAAAUCCGUCGCUCGUGAAUGGGAUUGCUCACCAGAGUCUAUCGUAUGGUCUGCCAAUGGCCAGACUAUUUUCGCCGUGGCAACCGACCAAGGUAACAACAUUAUUUUCGCUAUUAAUGCCACCACCGGCAACUGCACGCGGAUGACUGAUGCUGGAUCCGCCAUGGGUCUGGGCACUCUGGGCGAGAACCAAUUGUUAUUCCAGUACACCGAGCAGAACAAGUGCGUGGACAUCCAUAUUUUGGACAUUGAAACCAAGGAGAUGCGCCGACUGACUGACGUCAAUUCCGACAAGCUCAGGAACGUGUACAUUGGACAAGCAGAGUAUUUUUGGUUUAAGGGCGCGCUCGGCGACCAAGUGCACGGAUGGAUUAUCAAGCCACUUCAGUUCAAUACCGAGAAAAAGUACCCACUUGCAUUGGUCGUUCACGGAGGACCACAGGCGAGCAUCCAAAAUAUUUUUACAUCCACAAUGUGGAACUCCAACAUCUUUGCCAAUACCGGGUUCGUAACUGUUCAGAUUAACUUUCACGGGUCGACUGGUUAUGGAAAAAACUUUACCGACUCAAUCAAGCAUCAGUGGGGCAGAUAUCCAUACGAGGAUCUGAUGAUAGAACUGGACCAUGUGCUUGAUAACUGCAGUUACGUGGACAAAGCCCGGAUGGGAUGGUCGCGCUGGGUGCGAGUUACGGCGGCCUUGGUCUGCCACGCCGGUAUAUUCUCCACCCCCGGCGCUUGGUAUGGUACAAACGAGCUGUGGCUUCCCGAACAUGAUUUUGGUGGCACACCGUAUGAUCCCAAGGCAAGGUCAAAUCAUGAGGAGUUUAAUCCAGAACGGUUCGCCAACGAAUUUGCCACACCGACGUUGUUCAUCCAUGGGGGAAGUGAUUACCGCGUUGGUGUUGAGCAGUCGCUGGCGCCGUUUACUCUGCUCCGCCGUAAAAAUAUUCCGACUAAAUUCGUGUAUUUUCCAGACGAAGACCACCAUAUUUCCAGCGAUGUUGAUCAGAUCAAGUGGCUUACUGAGGUGUUGCUCUGGAUCUCGGAGCAUACUAACACUACCCUUCCUUACAAUUUGAACCAGUGACAUGUUUGGUUAAAG